AACAAGAUUUAAAUGAGUUUGAUAAUCAACUAGAAUCUUCAAAUUUAAAUAUCGAUGUAUCAAAUUCACAAAAUUCUGAUAUGGAAGAUCCUUAUGAUUCAACAAUUGAAGUAUUACAAGAUUCUCAAGAUUUAACUGAAGUAUUAAAUUCACAAAAUUCUAUUCAAAAAGAAAAUAAUGAUCACAAAAUGAAAAAAGUUAUGCUGCAAAAGAAGAAACGUACUGUUCCAUACAUUGACAAUUUAAAUUCCAAAGUUUUCAAACCAUUCAAAAUUCCUAUGAAUAAUUCUGAAAAAAUUAAACUAUACAAACAUCGCCCGAAAAAGCCAUUGAAGAAAGCUACGAAUAAUAUCAUAAUUCAACUUCCCGAAAGUGACAAAACACUCAACAUUACUUUGAAUCUUUCAUUUAAUAAUUAA